AUGGCCCGCCUCUGCUCCUCGCAGAAAUUCUCCCCCGACUCCCUUUGCGGCCAGCGGGGCCCGCGGCAGCGCGGAGGCCCCCGCGUGCCGACGCGCGCCUUCCCGCGCAUCUACGGCGCGCGCCCGCCUCCUGUGCACGAUGAUCCGCGCCACGAUGCCGUGGGGAAUCUGAUGUCCGCCCUCGAGGGGGCGGGCAGGGGCCUGACGACGUCCGGGGACGGCCGGGCGGCGAUAAUGGCGGCUGUGGAGACUCUGGAGGGCUUGGGGGCUGAGAGCGUGACCACGGGGGAGGACCUGUCCAGCAGGUGGAGGCUGCUGUGGACGACCGAAAAGGAAACCCUGUUUAUUUUGAGGAAUGCCAGAUGGUUUGGGACUGAGGCAGGCGACGUCUACCAGAUAAUUGACGUGGGUGAGGGCCGCCUGCAAAACGUUAUCACGUUUCCACCCACUGGCUCCUUUGUCGUAGACUCAUCGAUAGAGGUGGUUGAUGACAAGAGGGUGGCCUUCGAGUUCAAGACGGCUUGUUUAAAGGUGCCUGGCAUGCAGUUGCCAGUUCCCCCAUAUGGCAAAGGAUGGUUCGACACGGUGUAUGUGGAUGACGACAUCCGCGUGGCAAAAGACAGUCGAAACGACACGCUGAUUGUAGCCAGGGAUGGACCACCGGAGAUGUUUGAGACAUAG